CGAUUUGGCUAGCUGCCCUUCGCGUGAGGGACCCCGAUUGUGGUCGCGGACUCGGGCAACGUGGGGGCUGAAGAUGGGCCACGUCGCGUUCGCCGAUGAGCUAGCUGCCGGCGGAUCGACGGCUGGCGCAGUCCGCAAUUUGGCGCGCUCUUGGCGCUGGCUUAGGAGAAGUGUGGCCAGGAGCGGGAGGAAACGAAGGCGGGAGAAGGGCGCGGAAGGGAGUGCCACGUGGGAUGCCAUCGUUGUGACAGCUGCCAGCCCUUCGCAAGCGGAGCUGUACGCGCGCCAGCUGGCAACGGCCAAGCGGAACGGGCGAAUCGCGCGCAGAACGAUCGCCAUCGCCGUUCCGGACCCGCGGGGAAAGCGGGUAGGCUCAGGGGGAGCGACGCUCGGCGCACUUUAUGCGCUCGCAAGCCGUCUCGAGCGGAAAGCCGAUCCCCAGGGAGGGGAUUCAAGUGUGCUCGGCGCGCUUUAUGCGGAUGCGGACACGUGGAUCGAGCUGCGAGAAGACGACGAAGAAGAGGCCUGCCAAGAUCAAGGUAAUGACGAGGAUCAGCGCGAUGCAUCAUCCGGCUAUGGCGAGCAUGAGGAAGACGAAGAAGCAGCACAUGGAGAUGGAGAAGGAGAAGGAGAACCCUGCGCAGCUGGGGGCAGAAGGAGAGCGGACGGCACUGAGAGCGCGCGCACUUGCGCGCAGUCGUGGGGAGAGGGCCAUCAUGGAAAGGAGGGAUUGCGGAGCAGCCGGCAGGCGAAAUGCGGUAGGAAAUCGACGAACGAGGAGAAGGAAGAAGGAGGAGGAGAAGAAGAACAAGAAGACGUCUGCUCUGGCAAUGGAGAUCAUGCUGAAGAUGCUCCAUCCCCCUUAUCAUUCUUGACCACAUUCAGUGUGCUGAUGGUGCACGCUGGAGGGGACUCGAAGAGGGUCCCGUGGGCUAAUCCCAUUGGCAAGCCGUUUAUCCCCGUGCCAUAUCUAGCCGAUGAUGACCCCGACCGGGCAGUACCUACGCUGUUUGACCACAUUCUGGCUAUCGCGGCGCCGGCAGUUCCCCUGUUCGGCAAUCAAGGUGGGGUGCUCAUCAUGGCUGGAGACGUCCUGACCUGCGUUGAUGCUGGAUCUAUGGUGCUCCCUAAUGAGGGGGCCCUUGUGAUCACAAAGCCAGAAGAUCUGGACGUAGCUUCAAGGCAUGGCGUGAUUAUUCCGGAAGCUUCGUCGAAUGCUCGUUGUCUUCGAAAAUAUGACACCUUUGCUGUGCAAUCGUCGACGGUUUCACAGCUGUCAUUGCUCAACGCGGAAGAGACCUCAACUUGUGCAGGAGAGAGUGUUGAUGGGGACAAGACCUCACAAGGUGAAAAGGUGAAUGAUUACGAUGAUGUCAGCACAAAUCGGCGAGGUGUCGAUCGGUGCAGCGGAGUAACAGAUACCUGCCAGUUUGCAGCACCGCCGGUGCCGAUGCCGUCCGUGGCGGCACCGAGGCCAGUGAAGGGGCUAUUGCAGAAACCAACGGUUGAGGAGAUGUUGGAGGCAGGGGCACUGCUGUCAAGCAGUUCUGCUCUGAUCGAUACAGGAAUCUUUGCUGUGCGCGGCAAGGCAUGGCGGAAUCUCAUACAUUUGGCAUCCAGGGCUAGUGAGCUGCUCGACCGUCUGAUGCGCUCUGGAGAAGAAAUCAGCUUGUAUGAGGAAAUUGCUGGAGCCUGGGUUCCGUCAAGACAUGCCUGGCUGGCAGAUCGACCGUUGGGAGCAGAGCUCCUUGCACACCUUGGUCGUGACAGACUGUACCAUCACUGCGCAGAGGAACUUGUCUUUCUCCAUUUUGGUACAUCCCAAGAGAUCUUGGCUCACUUCCUUGGCGUCGAACGCAUGGCGUAUCGCCACCUCAGCACGGUUUCCAGUCACGCGGCUGUGCCAGACUCAACAAUACUGAUUGGAUCAGAGAUUGAAGGAGGGGCAGCUGUAGGUGACGGUAGUCUUAUUAUAGAUAGCCGUGUUGGGAAAGAUACCCAAGUUGGAACAGGUUGUGUUGUUAUGACAAUUGACAUUGGUGAUAAAUUGGAAGAAGACUGUGAGGAAGACAGCGACAAAGACAGUGACGAAGACAGCGACGAAGAGAAAGAAAAGGAUAUUGGUCAUUUUCCUGCUUCUGCUAGUACAGUUGAUGCUAGCACGAGAGCUGGCAGUGAGUCGGCUGUUGGUUCUGCUGCUUCAGCUGCUGCAAAGCCUGCAAGUAGGAGAGAGGAUGGGGCCGCCUCUGCUGCUGCUCCUACUGCUUUUACAGAGGAGGAUGAAAAGAGCAGGAGAAAUGACGAGUAUAGUUAUCGUCUCCAUGGGAAUCGAACUGUGGGCGGAAGUUUAUAUCCUCAUAAGAGUUCGGCUGAUGUCAAGCGGUCACCGUUUUCCUUGCCAGAUCGUCAUUGCAUCUGGUCUGCUCCCCUUGUUGGAGGGAAAUGGGUCGUUCUCUGCUGUGGGGUUCUCGACAACCCCAAAGAUAAUGUUGACGAGGGGUUGUUCUGCGGAAGGCCAUGGCGAGUGUGGAUGAGAGAGCAUGGUGUGGAGGAAGUGGAUUUAUGGGGAGGAGGAGGAGGAGGAGGAGGAGGAGGAGGUGGUGGUGGUGGUGGUGGUGGUAGUGGUAUGGCACUAUCUUCGAGAACCCUAUGGAAUGCUGAUUUGUUCCCUGUGGUUGGUCGAGUGGUGGAUGGUCUGGAGGCUGCUGUGUGGCUGAUGAGUGGCCACCUGAUGGAAGGAGCAAGAUCAGGGCAAACCAGUGGCAUUGAUGGCUCGGUAGGGGAGGGAGACGAUGGCAGUAUGAGCUUGGGGAUGACAGUCUCUGACUCAGCAAAGUGGGAGAGCAUGGAGAUGACCAAAAGGUGGAGGGAGAGUGAUAGGAUUAGCUUGGGGGCGGUUCACGGAAAGAUAAAUUUCAUGGCCCUUGAUCUUACCCUGAAUCAACGGCGAUCAAAGACGGCUGCGGCGAUUGCAUAUGCUGCGGUGAGAAGUGGGACCCUAGAUCGGGACAUUGCAGCCCUUUGCGGGCAUUGUUUGUAUCUGGAGGAAGUACCUCCGAGGGUUGAGAAGUACGGUACGAAAACGGAACCGGUAUCGGGACCGGGAGGAACAGCGGAACUGCGAUCAGGACCGAUGGCGCACUGCUGGGCUCCCACAAUCUCUCAGCCAAAGGGGAGAAGACGGAGCCACCAAAGGACGAAGACAACGAGGAGUAGUACACAAUCAAGACUUGCGAAGAAGUUACUUGCAGGUCUCUCUAACCUGCCACGAGAUGGCCUUGCUGUCAGCAGCAGCAGGUUGUAUCAGGUUCAGGCGGAUUUGCACGCAUUGUGUGGAGAGGAGGAAUCGGCCAGUGAAUGUCAGGAACAGGCUUGGAAGUCAGUUCGUAGCGAAACUUCGGUGUCAAUUCAUGGCCAUUGCAGUGAAAAGACAAGAACGAUGGCGGCGGAGGUUCCUUGUUCUUGCCAUGACAGUGCAAGCAGCAACAAAAGGGGUAUGAGUGCCCAUUGUGGGGUCUAUCGUGUAGAAUUGCCCGUUCGAUUGGAUUUCACUGGGGGAUGGAGUGACACCCCUCCCUGGAGUCUGGAGCGAAUCGGACGUGUGCUCAACAUGAGCAUCCUGCUUGACGGUUCCAUGCCGGUUGGCGCAGAAGUGUCUGUGGUCAGGGAUGUUUGUGGAAUCCUCCUUCUUGACGACUUUGGCGAGCAAUUGGCCAUUGAAGACCCUUGGAUGCCUGUGUGGGAUAAUGUCGUAGCCAUUGAUAAAUUUGCCUUGGCCAAGUCUGCCUUGCUCGUGACGGGUUUCCUAGGGGCCAAAAGUUCUGACCUUUGGGGGGUUAACCCCCACUUAGACAACAUCCGCCAAGGCAGCAAUGACGAAGGCACGGAGGGGUGUAACCGGCAGGCCUAUACAUGUAACUGGGGUCUGAUUGUCCGGACGUGGACAGAUUUGCCACGGGGAAAUGGGCUUGGAACGUCUAGCAUCUUGGCGGCAGCAUUAGUUAAGGCCCUGCUUCGUGCUAAACAUGUGGAUGGUGGAAAUGAAGUGGUCAGCAAGCUGGUUUUGGUAUUGGAACAAAUAAUGGGCGCUGGAGGGGGCUGGCAGGACCAGGUUGGGGCGCUGUACCCGGGUAUUAAGUGCUCAGUCAGCAUGCCAACUCAGCCCAUGGUGCUCAGGGUUCAGGACUUGGCUAUUCCUCCGUUAGUGAAAGAAGAGCUUGAGAAGCGCCUCGUCAUCUUCUAUACAGGGAUUGCUCGCGUAGCAAGAAAUGUACUGCAGGAAGUUGUGAAGAAGUACUUAAGGAGGGAUGCACGGACAAUUUCUCUCAUCCAGCGGCUGGCAGACCUUGCAGCUCGUGGAUCUAGCGUGCUCUUGAGAUCCCGACUGGACGAUCUGGGUGACGUGAUUGCUGAGACGUGGGACAUCCAUCAGGACCUGGAUCCCUACUGCACAAACUCAGAGAUUGACCGCCUUUUUCAGCGGGUAGCUCAUCUAAGCUGUGGAUAUAAGCUCGUCGGUGCUGGCGGUGGAGGAUUCGCUAUGCUUCUUGCUAAAGAUAGCGACGCAGCGAUCGCAGCCAAGGCACUCUUGGCUGAAGUGGGUGGUCUUGUUCGUGUAUACAACUGGAGCUUGUGUGAGUCUUUGCAGCAGUGAUUCCACAAGUCAACAGGUUAAAAGACCCCUUUGUCAAAUUUUGCCCUCUGCCAUGGCCUUUUGGCCAUCAAUUACUCCCCCCCCUUAGGUACUCAUCGGAACUCACGUUGAUUGGGCCGAUUGACGGCUUGAGGGACAAUUAACUGACGUUGAUUGGGCCAAUGGAUCACCUAAGGGGUGAUUAAGUCAUGUUGAUUGGCCCAAUGGAUCACUUAAGGGGUGAUUUAUGGUCACCAAUUUGUACGGUAAUUACCCCUCCUUAGGUUAGAAUGUGUUAGAUACUCGUCUAAAUUACGAGGGUUAGGCAAGUCGGUCACCAACCCCUUAGGUGUUCAUCGGAACUCGUGUUGAUUGGGCCGAUGGAUCACUAAAGGGGGGAUCACUGACGGGGUAAUUGCUGGUCAAGGGUGACCCCUCAGGUUACAUACUCAUCUGACGUACCAGGGUUAGGAAAGCCGGUCAUCAAUUACCCCUUAGAUAAGUCACCUUAACUUACUUGGGUUAGGCGUAUGGGACCACCGUCGUCAGCUGACAGCUGACUUAAACCACCCGUACACCUGGGCCUGGUGGCCUUCCACCGCACGCCAAGCUUUACCGAACCGCCAGCGCCGAACCUUUUUUUUGGGCUGGGUUGGCCAGCCAUUGUGGUCGGGUAGCCUCCGAAAUGUCAUAAAUAAUGGUGGGCCAUUUAGAGAUAAAUAAGGGUAUCCAACGUUACAAAAUUCUGCUAACCAAUAUGAUAAUCAGAGUGUCAAAUGGGUUAAUGAACUGACUAAGUGGGGUUGGGAAGCACUGCCGCAGCAGAUUGGUCAUGAACUUUGGGCUAUAAUGGACACAUUAGAAAUUACUAAAUUAGCUACUCAACUGGCCAACCCCUUUUUUUGUUUUUUUUUGGCCAACCCCUGGUUAAUUAGUUCCAAUUAGAUAAUCCACUAACUGAAAGAGAGAUAACCCACUGACUGAAAGAGAGAUAACCCACUAACCAAAUCGGGAUAGCGCAACGACCUGGAGAUCUGCAUCCAUUUUUGGUCCUGUGUGAAAGGACCGAAAAGAGUAUGAAUUACUAUGAAAGGACUAAAAAGGGGUACUGUCUUGCCAUUUCAGGAGGGCUUUCCAAAAAUGGAGGAGACUUUCAACAGCAGUUCCUUCUUUCUUUAGCCAAGAUUCAAAACUGGAGGGGCACAACAAGAUGUUUGUUUCUGAAAAUAGAAGCAUGCGUAUAAUACCUGUUGUAUAGGAAUAAGAGAGAGAAUCUGGGGUCUUUUAAACAACACACACACACACACACACACACACACACACACACACACACACACACACACACACACACAGAUGCAUGUGCAAUGACUUGCUGUUUUCUGCCGCCGGUGAGCCGUCGACCCGAGGCUGUAACAUGGGUAGGCCGGAUUUGUAAUUUUGUUUGGCUGAGGGCUAACCGAGAGACCUGCCUGUAAGGAAAAUUCGUGAGGUACAUAUCUGCAAAUUUGGGGAAAAUAUAGGCCCGCACUAACUAGAAUUUCCUACAGCUACCCUAACUGCAAAUAGCAGGCCCGGGCUACCCCUAGGACAGGCAGGCCCUACGGGCCUAAGCUGAUAGAUGGUCCUAUAGCCUAUAGUCGGGUAGGGGGAGAGGCCCUAGAGGCCAAAACGGAAACGGUACCGGUCGGUCCAGUCAGUCCGAUCUAGGUCUAGGCUUGGCUAGUGUAGUCUAUUAAUAGAUUGUAGGAAUCGGUUCAGGGCUUUUGGCAGUUGGUACCGUGUAUGUCGCUGCUGCACAACGCAUGAACUGGAGUGGUGACAGUUUCAGCGUUGGUGGGAGACAGACAUAGCCGGACCUGCGAAGUGUCGGCCAUAGCUGGGACCUGUGCUGUGCUCUGACAGCACGUGGGGCUGUUCAGAGGUCCGGGCUAUCUGAAGUCUGCUGGAGGCGAGAGAAGUUGGUGCCCUGCUGGACCCUCCUCAGGAGUAGGGUUUCAGGGUGUUUGGCGCUGCAGCCAUAGCUGCAGCUUUCUUCCUCAGAGAGCAUCUUUGUCAGGAGAGGUGGUGCUGCUACAGACUUCCACCCGGGAAGUCCUCUCGCACUUCAUCAUCAUCAGACAGUGUGGCGCUGGUCUUCUUCUUCAUCCUCUGAGAGGCGCUUGGCCUCAGUGGCCUGUUACAGGGUGGCGCUUCCCUCUGGAGGCAGUAUCUGGGUGGCGCUUGAUGUUUCAGGGACUCAGGGGUAGUUCUAGCGGUUACUCAGGGUUGGGGAGUGAAGCGCUGCUCAAUUUUGAGCAGUGCACCAUGGUUCUGGGAUUAUCCUGACAUUUCGAGACUCUGAGUUUAAUAAAUAAUGUUUAUACUG